AUGGGGCUGGGAAGAGGGAAGGAUGAGUACAAAUUGGCAGCUACGUCUGAUGGAGAGGACAAGAAAAGCAAGAAGGCAAAAGAUAAAAAGAAUAUGGAAGACCUGAAGAAAGAAGUGGAUUUGGAUGAUCACAAACUCACCUUGGAUGAGCUUCAUAGGAAAUAUGGAACUGACUUGGCCAGGGGUUUGUCCUCUGCCAGAGCAAAGGAGAUUCUGCUACGUGAUGGCCCGAACGCCCUUACGCCACCUCCCACUACACCUGAGUGGGUGAAGUUCUGCAGACAGCUUUUUGGAGGUUUCUCGAUGCUUCUCUGGAUCGGUGCCAUUCUCUGCUUUCUUGCAUACGGGAUCCAGGCUGCCUCCGAAGAUGAACCUGCCAAUGAUAAUUUAUAUCUUGGAGUUGUGCUCUCUGCUGUCGUCAUCAUCACCGGUUGCUUUUCUUACUACCAAGAGGCCAAGAGCUCUAAAAUCAUGGAGUCCUUCAAAAAUCUUGUCCCACAGCAAGCCUUGGUUAUCCGUGACGGAGAGAAGAACAACAUUAACGCUGAAGAUGUAGUUGCGGGAGACCUGGUAGAGGUUAAAGGUGGAGACAGAAUACCAGCUGAUCUCCGAAUCAUCUCUGCUCAUGGUUGCAAGGUGGACAACUCCUCUUUGACUGGGGAAUCAGAGCCACAGACCCGUACUCCAGACUUCUCCAACGACAACCCACUGGAGACAAGGAACAUUGCUUUCUUCUCCACCAACUGUGUUGAAGGCACAGCUAGAGGGAUCGUCAUCAACACAGGAGAUCGUACUGUCAUGGGUCGCAUCGCGACCCUGGCCUCAAGUCUGGAAGGGGGCAAAACUCCAAUUGCCAUUGAGAUUGAGCACUUCAUUCACAUUAUUACAGGUGUAGCUGUCUUCCUGGGUGUGUCCUUCUUCAUCCUUUCCCUCAUUCUUGGGUACGGGUGGCUAGAAGCUGUUAUCUUCCUCAUUGGUAUCAUUGUUGCCAAUGUGCCAGAGGGUCUCUUGGCAACUGUCACUGUAUGUCUGACUCUGACUGCCAAGCGCAUGGCCAAGAAGAACUGCUUGGUAAAGAAUUUAGAAGCUGUUGAGACCCUGGGCUCUACCUCCACCAUCUGCUCAGACAAAACUGGAACUCUGACCCAAAACAGGAUGACAGUUGCCCACAUGUGGUUUGACAACCAGAUUCAUGAGGCAGACACCACUGAGAACCAGAGUGGGACAUCCUUUGACAGGAGCUCUGAAUCUUGGGCAGCCCUGGCCAGAAUUGCUGGCCUAUGUAACCGCGCUGUCUUCCUGGCAGAGCAGACCAAUAUUCCUAUCCUAAAGAGGGAUGUAGCCGGAGAUGCGUCUGAGGCUGCCCUGCUCAAAUGUAUUGAGUUGUGCUGUGGAUCUGUCAAAGGCAUCCGAGACAAAUACCCAAAGGUUGCCGAAAUUCCCUUCAACUCCACCAACAAAUACCAGCUAUCCAUCCAUAAGAACUCAAACUCUGGAGAAACCAAACAUCUGCUGGUCAUGAAAGGUGCCCCUGAGAGGAUUUUGGAUCGGUGCUCCACUAUCAUGAUCCAGGGCAAAGAGCAGCCACUGGAUGAGGAAAUGAAAGAUUCUUUCCAGAAUGCCUAUGUAGAAUUAGGAGGACUUGGAGAGAGAGUGCUUGGGUUCUGCCAUUUCAAUUUGCCUGAUGACCAGUUCCCAGAGGGCUUUGCGUUUGACACUGAUGAAGUCAACUUUCCCACUGAGAAGUUAUGCUUCAUUGGUCUCAUGUCCAUGAUUGAUCCUCCUCGUGCCGCUGUGCCAGAUGCUGUUGGCAAAUGCAGGAGUGCUGGAAUCAAGGUCAUAAUGGUAACGGGUGAUCAUCCAAUCACAGCCAAGGCCAUUGCAAAAGGUGUGGGCAUCAUCUCUGAGGGGAAUGAGACUGUUGAAGACAUUGCAGCUCGCUUGAAUGUUCCAGUGUCAGAGGUCAAUCCCAGGGAUGCUAAGGCCUGUGUUGUCCAUGGUGGGGAGCUAAAAGAGAUGUCCUCAGAGCAGCUUGAUGAUAUUCUGAAGCACCACACUGAGAUCGUCUUUGCCCGAACCUCUCCCCAGCAAAAACUUAUCAUUGUGGAGGGCUGCCAGCGACAGGGAGCCAUUGUUGCUGUCACUGGUGAUGGCGUGAAUGACUCUCCAGCUCUGAAGAAGGCAGACAUUGGUGUCGCCAUGGGGAUUGCAGGAUCUGAUGUCUCCAAGCAGGCAGCUGAUAUGAUCCUGCUAGAUGACAACUUUGCCUCUAUUGUCACAGGAGUAGAAGAAGGCCGUCUGAUCUUUGACAACUUGAAGAAGUCCAUUGCAUACACACUAACCAGCAACAUCCCUGAGAUUUCUCCGUUCCUCCUCUUUAUCAUUGCUAAUAUCCCCCUGCCUCUGGGAACAGUCACUAUCCUCUGUAUCGACCUGGGAACUGACAUGGUUCCUGCCAUCUCACUGGCCUAUGAAGCAGCUGAAAGUGAUAUUAUGAAGAGACAGCCUAGAAAUCCUAAAACAGACAAACUGGUGAACGAAAGGCUUAUUAGCAUCGCCUACGGACAGAUUGGUAUGAUGCAGGCCACUGCAGGCUUCUUCACAUACUUUGUGAUCCUGGCAGAGAACGGCUUCCUGCCCAUGGACUUACUUGGAAUUCGAGUUCUCUGGGAUGACAAACAAGUAAACGACCUGGAGGACAGCUAUGGGCAGCAAUGGACAUACGAGCGAAGAAAGAUUGUUGAGUUCACCUGCCACACGGCCUUUUUCGCUAGUAUUGUCAUUGUGCAGUGGGCCGAUUUGAUAAUCUGCAAGACCAGGAGGAACUCCAUCUUGCAGCAGGGCAUGAAGAAUCGUAUCCUUAUCUUUGGGCUGUUUGAAGAGACCGCCCUUGCUGCUUUCCUUUCAUACUGCCCUGGCAUGGACGUUGCCCUAAGAAUGUACCCUCUCAAGCCAUGCUGGUGGUUCUGUGCCUUCCCCUAUUCACUGCUUAUCUUCCUCUAUGAUGAGGCAAGACGAUACAUCCUCAGACGCAACCCAGGCGGUUGGGUGGAGCAGGAGACCUACUACUGA